AUGCUGGGAUUGAGACUGAGACAGCUGGUGAAGGUGCCAAGAGGCACUGGUUUUUUCAGUCCCAUAUCGUGGCAAUCGCGAGGGUUUUCUCAAAGCAUGGCGGCGAUGCACGGCCACCUCAAGAAGCCUAACCCCGGUGAAGAGCUCAAAAUAACCUUUAUCAGCAAGGAUGGCUCACAGAGCUCAUACGAAGUAGCUGAGGGAGAUUCACUGCUGGAUAUUGCACAGGCGAAUCAUCUGGAUAUGGAGGGUGCCUGUGGAGGCUCAUGCGCCUGUUCCACAUGCCAUAUCAUUGUGGAUCCAGCGUACUACGACUCGAUCCCUGAGCCAUCCGAUGACGAGAACGAUAUGUUGGACCUUGCGUUUGGUCUGACCGAGACCUCCCGGUUGGGUUGUCAGGUUUUUAUGGCCAAGGAACUGGACGGGCUUAGAGUCGCUCUACCCGCCAUGACUCGCAACCUCCAGUCUAGAGAUUUUAACAAAUGA